AUGACUGCCUUCCAUCUGUUUGGAGUGUGUGAUAACAUGAAGAGCUGCUGGCUGUGUUGUUGUGGAGACGAGUUUCAGAGAUAUAUUUCCACUUCUAUGGAACGAAAGUUCUCCAGAACCAGUGAUGAGUUCGAACCGAAUCGAUCCUCUAGUGUCCUCGAAUUUGUCGUUCACGAUAAGGAUGUUCACGCUGUCGUCGAGCCAUUCGUCCUCACAGGAUCGUUCGAUGAGUUGCAAUACACUUUUCGCAGAACUUUCAUCAAUGACUUCGAGUCCAGGAAUCUCCCAACCACAUCUUUGUAUGGUAUAAUUGACCGGUCGUGCUGA